GGCGCUCAGUCACUCCCCAAGCAGGCGGAUAGCGCGGCGGCGCGCGCGCGCGCUCCCGGUGCCCUCCCCGUGACGUGCCUGGCCGAGGCCGCGCAAGGGCGCUGUAGCUGCCAGUGCCGCUGUCAUGGCGUCCGAGGCGCUGGCUGAAGAGAACCCGCCGCGGUCUCCUUAGAGCGAGGGGCUGGCGGCUGGGCAUGGAGAGCGGCCCCGAGAGCCUGCAGCCACUAGAACACGGGGUGGCCAUCGGGCCAACGCCAGGGACAGGUUCUCCGCAGGAAGGGCCACCGGAGACCAGGCUCGCCGCCGGAGAUGGUCCUGGAGUAUGGGCGGCGGAGAGCAGAGGCGGGAAUGGGCAGGGGGCGGCGGCCGCCGGGAGGAGCCUCUUGGACUCCGUUUCUCCCGCCGGCUCUCCUCAGGUUCCCAGACCCUGCAGCUCCUUUCCGGGCUUGGACUUGAAGGAGAGCGAUUUGGAGAACACUGCUGCCCAGAAGGCGCCUCUGAGAGGGCAACGCAAGGUGACCGCCUCGCCGGAGACCGCGGAGGCCGGAGCGGACCAUGGAUCGGGUCCGGCCGGAGACGCCGGCUGCCGCGCGGAUUCCGCCGGCACCUGCCGGGCAGAGUUGGCGGCCGCCGGCUCCGAGGAGCCUAGCAGCGCCGGCGGCCUCAGUAGCAGUUGCAGCGACCCGAGCCCUCCUGGGGAAUCGCCAAGCCUGGACUCCCUGGAGUCGUUCUCUAACCUGCAUUCUUUCCCCAGUAGCUCUGAGUUUAAUAGUGAGGAGGGAGCAGAGAACCGGGUCCCCGGGGAGGAGGAGGAGGGCGAGGGCGCGGCGGUGUUGCCCCGGGCUGUGCCUCUUUGCCGAGAAGAGGAGGAGGAGGAGGAGGGGGAGGAAGCUCAGGUACUGGCGGCCUCCAAGGAACGCUUCCCGGGACAAUCUGUCUAUCACAUCAAGUGGAUCCAGUGGAAGGAAGAGAACACACCCAUCAUCACUCAGAAUGAGAAUGGACCCUGCCCUUUGCUGGCCAUCCUCAAUGUUUUGCUUCUGGCCUGGAAGGUGAAACUUCCACCGAUGAUGGAAAUCAUAACUGCUGAACAGCUGAUGGAAUAUUUAGGAGAUUACAUGCUUGAUGCAAAGCCAAAAGAAAUUUCAGAAAUUCAACGUUUAAACUAUGAGCAGAAUAUGAGUGAUGCUAUGGCAAUCUUGCACAAACUACAGACAGGCUUGGAUGUAAAUGUAAAAUUCACUGGUGUUCGAGUGUUUGAAUAUACACCAGAAUGCAUAGUAUUUGAUCUUCUUGAUAUUCCUUUGUACCAUGGGUGGUUAGUGGACCCACAGAUUGAUGACAUUGUAAAAGCUGUUGGUAACUGCAGCUACAACCAGCUAGUGGAGAAGAUCAUCUCUUGUAAGCAGUCAGACAAUAGUGAGCUGGUUAGUGAAGGCUUUGUAGCUGAGCAGUUUCUAAAUAACACAGCCACUCAACUGACAUACCAUGGAUUAUGUGAACUAACUUCAACGGUUCAGGAAGGAGAACUUUGUGUGUUCUUUCGGAAUAAUCAUUUUAGCACCAUGACCAAAUACAAGAAAGGAUCUUUAUGCUUUCUGAUACCCAUGUCGUAUCAUCCCCGGACCAAGCUCUACAAGGAGGAAGUCCAUAGGGCAAAGGAUUACCUAGGAAAGGGUCUACUGUAUUUGCUGGUAACAGACCAGGGGUUUCUUACAGAAGAAAAAGUUGUUUGGGAAAGCCUACACAAUGUGGAUGGUGAUGGAAAUUUCUGUGACUCAGAAUUUCAUCUGCGGCCUCCUUCAGAUCCUGAAACCGUAUACAGAGGACAACAGGAUCAGAUAGAUCAGGACUAUCUUAUGGCAUUAUCUCUACAACAAGAACAGCAGAGCCAAGAGAUCAACUGGGAACAAAUACCCGAAGGAAUCAGUGAUUUGGAACUAGCAAAGAAACUCCAAGAAGAGGAGGAUAGACGGGCUUCUCAAUAUUACCAGGAACAGGAACAAGCAGCAGCAGCUGCUGCUUCUGCUUCUCCACAGGCCCAGCAAAGCCAGCCAGCACAAGCCUCUCCAUCAAGUGGAAGACAAUCUGGGAAUAGUGAACGUAAACGAAAGGAACCUCGAGAAAAAGAUAAAGAAAAAGAAAAGGACAAAAAUAGCUGUGUCAUUUUGUAACAGUGGUGGGUUCUGUUGGAUGCGUCUGUAUGUCUUGAGAAACAAAACCACAGGAGGAAAGGAAGAAAAACCGAUAAAUACCGUCUGUGCCUGAUUUCCCAAUGGAUUUUGUUCAUGUUUUUCAGGGGAAAGGUUGUUACUUAGUUACAAUCAGACUUUUUCAAGUCACACAGUACACUCUUCGUGAGCUGGAGUUUCGCGUUACAAGUUGGAAAUGCUGUGUGGUAUCAUACAUGAAAAAUACUGCACUUGUAGCCAAAUAAGCAAAUCACAGCAAAUUUUGUGUCAUAGUGACAUUCAUAACUCAUAUCAGUUAGUAAGCUAUUUUAUCUUUUGUUCUAACAAUGAAUGGAGGUAACUGAUUUUGUCUGAUUCCUUCCUGAAAUCUAAAUAUUAGCACAAUAGUUUCUGAAAUUAAUUUUUACAAUGUUAAAUUAUUAUCUAAUCCAAGAGAAACCAGGGGGUUAAUAUAGGGAUAUAAAAGGAAAACACACACACACACACAGACACACACAAUCUCACACACACACAAAACACAAGAAACAAACCAAGACAAAAAAUAACAAAUAAAUAACCUUUAAUCCUGUAUUGGACUAGUUCAGCCCUUGAACAGCUUUACCUUUCUUUAGGAAUGUACAUUUUAGAUACUAUCUUGAGAACUGAUAAUGGAGCUUGGGUUUAAUUUAGAUAGAAAAAAUAAGUUGUAUUUCUUUUCCAAUAGCAAAAAAAAUUACAUAACACUAAUACUCAUAUUCUGUAAAAUCAGAUAUUAAUGACUUUGUAGUGUUGUGAAAUUUUGAGGAAUUUUGAAAUCUUUAAUAUACGUAACUUGUACUACAGUUACUAUUUAUUGAAAGUGCGAUAACUGAUAAGAAGGAAACCACAGUGGAUGCUAGUCCUUGUAAAUACAGGAAUAUAGAAAAGCAGAUAGUUCAGAUGUCUACCUUUUUCUAGAAUUACCUUGAACCUUAAAAUUUAAAUCAUGUUUAUUUGCUAGAAAAUUACGUAUACUUAGUAAAGCCAACAAAAAAGCACAUUUCUGAAAGGAAGUUAGAGAUAUAAUCUCUGAGUCUAGUGAAACGCAUUAAUAAAAAUCUGUUUGAAAAUAGAUAAGAAUUGGGAGGAAUUUAUGUAAAAGCAAUCAGACUUUUUUAACUUAUGGGAACCAAAUAGACCUAUAACAUCUUGUAGUGUUUAUAGGAUUCAGAAAGAAUAUUUAUUGAACUUUAUUAUGAGGCAACACAUAUUUUCCUGUAUUUCUACUAUCCUUAAUAGUCCUUUUUAUAUAUGCUUUAUAUUUAAAAGUUUGAUUUAGUCAUUUUUGAAAAGACUAUUGCUGCUGCAGGUAGUUAUGUGAUUUACAUUCUAAGCCUCAGUAAAUUUGUUUAGGAGCAUCUUUAUCUAACCUGAGCAUCCACUUGGAGAAUGUUUUUUGUGGUCUGGGGUGACAGUAGACUACAAAAAAAAAAAUGUGGUGUAGAGUUCUUAAGCUAUGUCUUUAACAUUCUCCGUGAUCCAAGACUAUUUAUAGGAUGAGUCUGUAUGUAAAAAUAAAAAGUAAAGUCUUAUUUAUGGAAGGAAUUAUUCUAAGGGAAAAAUCCAGGGUCAAGCUGUAUCUUUUAUGUCAUGUCCUUCUGUAUUGCAUGUCUGGUUAUGUUAUACCAUUUGUUACUCCUUCAGAUUUCCUAUACUAGCAUGAUAAAUCAUCAGAGAACCUGUUUGGGGUAUAACACUUUGAUACAAAAUAUCUGGUGAGUCUCUUGUUAAUAACCUAGAAUAUGUGUACAUUGUGAAAUAAUCAAAUUACUACAGAAUUCUCUGUUGGCUCAAGCAAGUUGACCUUAGUUCAAGUUUACUCUUGAUACCACUCUAUUGGUUGGAGGAGGAAAAUGAAACCUUAGGGUUUGUUUUUCCUAGAAGAGAUAGUAGUGACAGUGCAUUAUAUUUUAAUAAGAAAAACAAAACAGUAAAUCCUGAGAAAUUUUAAAAAGCAUAUUUGAGGCGUAUUUUUCCAUAAUUAUAUACUUAUCUAUUUAUUACCCUUGAAAAAUAUAUGUGUAAAAGUUAUUCUUCUGUUAUUUGUUACUAUCUUCUUAAUUUGUUCCAAAGAUAAUACUGCCAUUCUGCAUUCCCUCUGGAAGGAAAAAAAACAAAAAAACAAAAAAAAAACAACUCAAAACCAGCAGUGCUGCUAUCAGAUAAGUAGAUGUCAAUGUAUACUUAUAAAAAAUAACUAAAAAAUGUAAUGUGUUUGUUAAUUCAACCUUUUUUCUACAUAAUAUUUCCAACUCAGACUUUCUUACAUUCCUGGAAUUCAGUUUGAUAUACCAAGAGUAAUACUGAUAAAAUGUUUGCUUUGAUUACUGUGAGGAAAAAACUAAAUGUUCAAUUCUAUUAAAACAAACUUCUUGGGAGAUACUGGUUUCCCAACCUUGAAGGUUAGAGCUAUUGUGUCUUUAUAUUCUUAAAUUUUGCUCAAGGCAACAAAUUACAUAUUCAGACAUUUCAUUGCUGGUUUGGGGAUAUUGGAAUUUGAUAGUGGUGUAUUACAGGCUUUCCUUCGCAAUAUUUUGUAGUACUUGAAAACUGUUACAUGAACUGCUAGCAGAAGUUAGAACUUAAACAUUUUUGUUUUUAAUAUUUGUAGGCUAGAUUAGGGACACAUUUGUAUCAACCAAUCACUAUUACAGCUAGCAAAAGAGACAUGAAUGAAUGGAUAUGGUCACUGCACUUUCUUGUACUUUCAAAGGCUAUUUCAUAAGUUUAGUGACCAGUCUUUGUUAGCAAUAUGAAAAGUGUCCUCAUGUGUAACCCCAGUGAAUCAACAAUGCUGUGAUUUACAAUAGGUUAUCAACACUUAGAAGUACGUGUGAGAGAAAGAGUGAGAGAGAAUGUGUGUGUGUGUGUGUGUGUGUGUGUGUGCGCGCGCGCGCACGCGCAUGUGAGUGUGUGUGUUUGAAGCAAGGAUCCAUGACUUCUAUUGUCAAAGGAAUCUGGGAACCUUCCCUCAAAUUUUACCAUUUAAGAAUACACACACACAUAAAUAACCUAAGCCAUUUGGGCAGCUAAAAUUGGCAUUGGCUGUUUCUUAUAAUAUGCUGGUCCAGUGUGCUUAGGUGAAGUAACUUCUUCCAUGUUUCAGGGUAUCUGUUGGCUUAACAGUUGAGUGAGGCAUAGACUAGAGUUCAGGAUUAAGUUGUAUAAUAUAUUUUGUUUUAGUCUCUCAUAUUUCUAGUAUUUGACUACUUAUCCCAUAUUAUGUUUCAAAUUCUUCCUCAUACUUCUUGAUCUUAGCUUAAUUAAGCAAGUUAGUAUUAGAGAUUAAUUGACUGAAUCCAACAUUAACCAUUUUGUACUGGCACAAAACCUUAACACUUUGUUUUUACUGAAUCACCAGCUCAGGUCAUUAAGAGAGAUCUUGAUAGAAAAGAGGACUAGAAGGCAAAUAGAUAUCUAAGGAAAGAAUUAUAGUCCUCAUAUUAAUGUUGGCAUAUGAAGCUGAUAUUUAUAAAGUCCUGCUGGAGAAAUACAUUCAAGGCAAAAAUUUCCAGAACUGUCCUCAAACUUCAUUUAUUUAAAAAAAAAUUGCUUUAAAGCAAAAUGAUUACAUUUCACUUAAUUUCCUAUUAAAUAUUCCAGUUAUUUUAAAAUACGAUAGAAAACCUACAGGCUUUGCCUGUCGUACAAUAUUUGGGCAUACAACUUAAACUGUAAUUGUAAACUUACUAAUGUUUGAUAAAAUACAUGGAGGCAUUAAAGAUAGUAUGUAAUUUGUAUUUUAAGGAACUAGAAAUAGGCAUUCUUAACUGUUUUAUGUCUAAAAAUCUGGCUUUUAUCUUUCCAUGGACAAACUUUCUAUGCCUCAGUUUACUCUAAAUAUGUAAAGGAUGUUCAUUUUUUCAGAGCGUUAACACUCCUGAGUAAAGGACAAAGUAUAAGCUCAGAGUAUUACUUAAAUAAUCAUAUAUAUAGUUUUUGUUCUUGAGUGUGCAGAUCUUUUCCCCAAUCACAAUAUUUCUUAAAGUCAGUUUUUUUAAUGCUGUUAAAUUUGUAAAAUUACCUUGUCUUUGAGUAUGGCAUUAUCUCUUCCUAAAAUGUAUUUUGCAGUUGCUUUUGGACUAUAUGAUCAAAAUCAAGAGAAUUUGGGGAGUAUAAAAAGCAUUAAAAGUCUAUUUUUUCCAGUAUCUUUCAUAUAUCUAAGUAUUUAGAUUGCCUUUUUCUCCAUGUAACAAAGCACAUUGGUAUCAGGUCACUAAUACAUACAUGUAAAACUUUUGCGCAUGGAUGAGAGUUCCUAGGUUCUCUAGGAAUAUAAUGGCUUUUUGUUUUAUUUUAUUUUAUUUUAUUUUACUGAUAUUAUAGCUACUGAGAAAAUCUUAUGAAGAAUCAACGUUACUUUUCUCAGGUGACACUUUAAAACAAAGUUUAAAAUCGAAGGCUUGUUAGCCAAAAAAAUUUACGAAAGAGAGAUAAUGGAGUCUGAGGGACAGAUUGCAGGACCCUGAUAAUUUUAACUUCUUUUGAAGAUUUAUCUUAAUUUUUUAAUUCAUGCAUGUCUCUUACUUAAUCCCAGGGUCUCUGCUGUUAGAAAUUAGAGUUUAAUACAUUGUGAUAUGCAUAUGUAUUUUUACAUAAAGUAUUCUAAUUUCUAGUUUCACUUUUCUGAUCUAAAAACAUUAAAUUUUUAAAAACUGGGUAAAAGUCUUCCAACUGUUGCUUCAAGUUCGGGUUUGUCCUUUUGUCCUGAGAUUUAGACUUCUCUCCCUAUAACAGUCUUUUUUAGAACAUGGUACUAUCCCAUAUAAGGUAUUGAAAUACCAUAGCAGAAAUACAAAACCUAAACUUUAAAUCACAGUAGAUUUAAAAGACAAAAAGAGUUCUAUUGUUAUUCUGCAGUGCCUGUUCUUUACCUAAUAUUUUAACUUUAAGAAUUUAAGAAUUUUUUCAAAUAACUUAAUAAUUUGUCAUGAAUUUUAAAAAUUUUAUAUCCAUCUUAACUACACUACAGAGAGGCAGAGAUGCCUCCUACUAAGAGGAUAUACAAAGCAGAAUUCUUCUGAUGGUGAUGCUGGCUUCUUUGGGUCUGGUAGUUACAACUUUAAAUAGGAAGUCAGAAAACACAAAUUCCCAUCCUAAUUCCCAUAUCAGUGACCUGUCCAAAUGGGCAUUAUAAGUAAAAUAUCCUAUAGAGUGAUUCUGACUAGUAGAAUAUGUUUAUAGACUAAGAUUGGCAUUUAAUCUUUGAAGAUCUGUCUGAUGUGUCUCAAUUUUGUCAGUUUUUACUCCUUUUCACAUCUUAGUUGUAUGAUAUAAUCAUUAUUUUCCAGAGUACAGUGGAUAUCAUAGUUCUACAGAUUUUUAAAGAUGAGGAUUUGAAAAACUUCCAAAGGUUUUUGUUAAAAGGCGAUUUUCCUCAAUAAAAUGACAACUAUUGUUUUCACAGAUCCACACAUCACAAGUAGGACAAUAUCAUAGAAGAAUGAUGUAUGAUUGCUCCACAGCAGUCAGCAAAAGGGAUAAUUGGAUAAUCUUCACUUGUGAAACUUCAGAGGUACCUGAAAGUCAUUUCCUAAAGUUAGUGCAUGUGAGUCUUUUUCCUUGAAUUGUGCAGAAUAAUUGGAUGUGGCACACAUUUUGGGGAAUAGGAAGUGAAAUGGUAUAAUGACUGCAGAGCGAGUGAUUUUGAAAUGUCGCAAGAAGAAACAAGUUUUCUUCCUCCACUUCACUGUCUGACUAUUUGGGUCAGGAAGUUGCUAUGACAUACAGAUCUCUUUGUGCUAGGCCAAGAUUGGCCAACUGAAAUAGAGUUCUCAAAGAGUUUGAAUAUAUAGAUUGUGUAUGAGCACCUAUUUUAUCCUUUUCUUUACUAUCUUAAUGCCCUUUCUACUUCUGAAACAAUUCAUCCAUUUUGCUUCAUGACCAGGUUUAAUUCCAGUUUGAGAAUAAUAGCACUCCUAGAAAUUGAUACAAAACAGCAUUGAAAUACAUUUUUCAAAUGAUACCUAAAAGCAUCUACCCAGCUUAGAAUUGAACUGAAUUUCUAUGAAAGAAAGUUAUUGUUUUAAAUGCUAAUUAUGUUAAAACUAUUUAAUUCUAAAAACUAUGUCUUAAACAUAUUCCAAAAGUUUCACUUUUGGAGGCUAUUCCUUUAAAAAGGCAUAUUGAACAUAGAUGGGAAAGUGUAAAAUAUUUCUGAUAGAAUUAUUCAGUAUUAUUCAACAUUUAAUUUCAUGUUUGUUGUUGUACCACAAGGAUAGUGUCAUUCUUGGAUUAAAAUGUUGGACCUUUUGUUAAUAUACUUAAAAUUGUAACCAGUGAUAACACCCUUAGUAUUUUUUAUUAUAGAUUAUAUUUUAUUUCAAUAAACUUUGAUAUUUAGACCAAACAA